UACGAAAUGGGAGUUGGGUGCAGAAGACUUGGCCCAGAAAUAAAAAAAAAGAAGCUGUGUGUUGGUGCUGUCCUAUAUGCAUGUCCCAAUCCCAUCUCCAUGUAAUGGUCUUCUUCCCUUCCCAUCCAUCGUCCGUGAGCUCCGAGCGUGAGGGCGAGAGGCGUCGCUAGCUGGCUCUCACGGCCGGCAAAUCUGCGAUCAACUGCAGCCGGACUAACGCGCGCCGCCGUCUGCCAGCUUGGGGACUCGACUGCUCGCCACCAGGUGCUCACCUCCAUUCCCCAGCUUCCAUCUGCGAGCGCUGCCGUCUGCCAGCAGGGGCACUCGCCACCAGGUGCUCGCGCAAUCCUCCGUUAUCCUGCUUCCAUAUGCGCGCGCUGCCGUCUACCAGUGAGAUGUUCGCGCCAUUUUCUGCCAGCAGCCAGAUUUCCGCCCCACCCCCUGCCACCGGACAGCUGUCGUCGCCACCUCCUUGCAUCCCCAUGGUUUCCCCUGUGGAAAGAGUGGAUCUACCUGUUAGGAGCUCGGAUUUGUCUGAUCCCCAAGAUUUUCUGUUAGGGGAUGAACAGAGAAUGGAGGUAUUAGAAAUUGAUUGGGGGGCAAUACAAAUUGAUGAUAGAUGGGAGGAAGAAGGAGAACAAGAGACUGCCUCUGAGUCAUUGAUGUAUGAUCGGUUAGGAUUGUUAGCUGAAGAUGAACGUGAAACUACUGAAAGGCAAGAGACUGUCCGCCAAAGCGAUGAAUUUAAUGAUGAAUUGCCCUGCACUGAUUGCAUACCACAAGAAAGGGUAUUUGAGUGCAAUAGAUCUAAUCCAGUAAUGAAGAUUGGGAGUUUGUACAAGGAUAUGAAAGAAUUUAGACUGGCUAUCAGGCAAUAUGCAAUUAAUAAUGAGUUUGAGUUAGGGAUUGAGUCAAGCUCACCAUUCAGAUAUCGAGCUUAUUGCAAAGGAGGUGAUUGUCCAUGGAGAAUCAAUGCAAGGCUACAAAAUGCCGGGUCUCCCACAGUCGUUGUUACAGUUAUCGUGGAUAAGCACACAUGCACUUCUAGUGGUCGUCGAAAAACAACAACACCCACCAGCUCAUGGGUUGCUUCCCUAGCAAUGCCAUUCCUUACGAAGAAACCACAUAUGGGAGCUAAAGAAUUGCAAAAUACCUUGCAAGAGCAGCACAAUUGGUCUUCUGGCAACCAGCACUGGCCAUCUCCCACCAGCAAAUUGACACCAGAAAUUGGCACUGCUUCAUUUCCAGUCGCCAGAUACGUCGUUGCUUGCUGUUGCCAGUGCUGGUCUUCUGGUGUUGUCCAAAAUGAAGCUGGCCAUCUGCAAGGAACCCAGGAACUACCAGAAACUGGCCAUCUGCUUGAUUUCAGUCGCCAUCUGCAAGGAACCCAGAAACUAUAGCUACCAGAAGAACAGCAAAAUGGCACCAGAAAUUGGCACUGCUUCAUUUCCAGUCGCCAGAUACGUGUCCAAAUGAACAGCAAAUUGGCACCAGAAGAACAGCUUCUUUUUACAGUUACCAGCUUCUGUCCAAAUGGCCAUUACACAUGUCCAAAUGACAGAAAUUUGAAUGGACAGAAAAUAGUAAACUGGAAACACAAGUUCAAGUUACCGAGGGCCAUAUUCAGAUAACCUUAAUGAAAACAGAAUGGACAACGUUACAAAAGCUAUCGAGUGCCAUUCAACACUCGACAGAAUGGACAACCCAGGUUGACAGUACUUCACUACCAAGUUCAGUUACCUUACACAAACUAACUAUUACACGGAUACCUUACACAAGCUGUCCCUUACACAAAUAACACAUAUAGUGCCGUUAAACAACACCCAUAUUACUCUACUUCAUCUGACGAUCCGAAAGCUCUUCAGAACUGACAUCAUCCAGUGCCCAUUCCCCACCACCCAUUUGUUCAUCUUCAGCAAAUUGGUUGUUGAACUGCUCCGAUAAUGGUGGCGACGGACCAGCUUCGAGAUCAUCUAAACGCUGUGCUUCGUCCUCAAGUGACAGAGCAAGUUCAUACACGCGCCACAUUGCGAAGUUCACUGACACAUCUUUGGCCGUAUCUGGCGAAUUCAUAAUCUCGUCUCCAGCCAAAUCUUUCAACUCCUUCCCAACUACACGCAUCUUUGUAAUGGCUUGGGCGAGGUCACUACGAACUGUUUCAAAUCGGGUAAUCUGCGAAACCACAAAAAUUGCUAUUGGAUUUGAACAUAGUACUGCAUAUUAUUGAACUUAGUUCAACCCUUACCGACACUGAACGAGGUGCCGAGCAGUGAUUGACGCCGGCUGUGAGCUCUGUUCGACAGAAAACAGUUAACAAUUAAAGCCACUCUCUGCUUCUAGCACUAAUGGUCACUAGACAGUUUGGAUAAAAACAGUUUCAAAAUACAGAACUCUACAAAUAUCACUGCCCAACGUCAACAGCUUCACAUCCCUCUAGCUUCGUGCGCAACAUCCAACGUUGGGCAGUUAACCCCACGAAGCUAGAGAAGCGGCAAGGAACUCACCUGCACAACCAACGUCAACAGCUUCACAUCCAACGUUGGGCAGUUAGCCCCACAAAAACAGGUACCUGAUGUGGCCGCGCAGGUGAGUUCAUUGCCGCUGGUCCACUCCUUGCUGGAGGUGCGCUGCUUGCCGGUGGAGUGCUCGAAGCCGCAACCGUCGCCUGUAGAACUCUCGCCUGUACGCUUGGCAACGACUGAAACAGACAGUCGGCUGAAGGCGGAGGCCACUUCGACCUCACUGUCGAGCUCGAGAUCGACGUCGACGACGAGCCGUUUCUUGCCUCUUGCCGGAGUAGCCAUUGGAGGAAUGAGUGGCGGCGCCAAAGGAGAGCCCCGUGGAAGAAGAGAGGAGGAAGUUAGGUUUUCACCGGGCUCGACUCUGUAAACAGCAGGGACAUUUUUGACUUUUACCUUAGCUAAUCGAAGGUAACAGAGGACGGGGGAAUAACUGUCCCUAUCUGGCAAGGAUGUGAGGUCGAGAAUACCAUACUGGCGAUGCGCGGCUGCGGAGUACCAAAGGGGCGAAGCCGCGCGACGAGAUUAUUACAAUCUCAAAUAACUCGUCUCGUUGCGCCUAGUCGACGAAAUGCGACGCCGAGAUCACUGGGCUACGAGUACGGCUGCGCGCCGGCACAGCCAAGCGCGGCAGCGGCGCUUGCGUCGAAGGGAAAUGGUUACAUGAUAGGGGAGAGCUGGAUAUGCAUUGUCAUGCCCUAACCGCGUCUUACUCUUAUCUCAGCACUUUUCGCUGGUUGCUCACCUCCUCCGUCCUCUUGUUUAAUGCCGCAGGUUCGCCGGAUUCAUCGCCCCAUUCCGCUCUGGGCUAAGGUUCCACCAGCACAACCCUAUGGCAGAAGCAGUGCUCCUUGCUGUCACUAAGAUUGGUUCCGUUCUUGGAGAUGAACCUGCCAAGACCAUUAUAAACAAGCUGUCUGAAAAAAUUCAAGCUCUGAGGGAACUCCCACGGAAAGUGGAUCACAUAAGGAUGAAACUAAUAAUAAUGAGCAAAGUUAUACAGCAGAUUGGCACAGUCUACCUUACAGAUGAACUUGUGAAGAGUUGGAUUGGGGAGGUCCGGAAGGUGGCUUACCGUGUUGAGGAUGUAGUAGACAAAUACUCAUACCAUCUUCUUCAACUGGAGGAAGAAGGGUUUCUGAAGAAAUUUUUCGUCAAGGGUACCCAUUAUGCCAUUGUUUUCAGUGAAAUUGCUGAUGAGGUAGCUGAGAUAGAAGAGGAGAUUCAGCAAGUUAUUCAGAUGAAGGAUCAGUGGUUGCAGCCAUCCCAGCUUGUCCCUCACCCUGAGCAACUCGCUGAAAUCGAAAGACAGCGUUCCCAAGACAGUUUCCCAGAAUUUGUCAAAGAUGAAGAUCUAGUAGGAAUUGAAGAAAAUAGAAAAUUGCUGACUGGAUGGAUUUACUCAGAAGAGCAGGCUAGCAUGGUGAUAACAGUUUCUGGUAUGGGUGGACUGGGAAAAUCUACACUGGUUACAAACAUUUAUGAACGUGAAAAGGUCAACUUCCCGGUACAUGCUUGGAUUGUUGUGUCACAGGUCUACACAGUCGAGUCUUUGUUGAGAAAGCUACUAUGGAAGAUUGGGCAUAUGCAACCACCAGUGCCAAGAGAGAUUGACAAAAUGGAUGUACAUGACUUGAAGGAGGAAAUAAAGAGAAAGCUCCAGAAUAGAAAAUGCUUGAUUGUGUUGGAUGAUGUUUGGGAGCAAGAAGUAUACUUCAAAAUACAUGAUGCUUUCCAGACACUCCAUGGAAGCCGCAUCAUCAUUACAACACGAAAGGACCAUGUUGGUGCUAUUGCUUCCUUUGACCACCAUCUUGAGCUCCAACCGUUGUGUGGGCCUGAUGCAUUUGAACUUUUCUGUAGAAGGGCUUUUCACAACAAGAAGGACCACAAAUGCCCCGAGGAGCUUAAGGAAAUUGCUGGUGAAAUAGUGAAAAGGUGCCAAGGCCUGCCACUAGCAAUUGUUACAGUCGGCAGCUUGCUGUCAUCUAGACCACAAAUAAACAUUUGGAAUCAAACAUACAACCAGCUUCGGAGUGAGUUGUCAACCAAUGAUCAUGUCCGAGCAAUCUUAAAUCUAAGCUACCAUGAUCUAUCUGGAGAUCUCAGAAACUGCUUCUUGUAUUGCAGCUUGUUUCCUGAAGACUACCCCAUGUCACGCGAAGCCCUUGUGCGGCUCUGGGUCGCAGAAGGUUUUGUUCUGAGUAAAGAAAAGAAUACACCAGAGGAGGUGGCUGAGGGAAAUCUCAUGGAAUUGAUCCACCGUAAUAUGCUUGAAGUUGUAGACUAUGAUGAGCUUGGCAGGGUUAGCACUUGCAAGAUGCAUGAUAUCAUGAGGGACCUGGCACUUUGUGUUGCCAAAGAAGAGAAGUUUGGUUCUGCAAACGAUUAUGGUGAACUGAUACAGGUGGACCAGAAGGUUCGUCGCUUGUCGUUAUGUGGGUGGAAUGUUAAGGCAGCAGCUAAGUUUAAAUUUCCAUGUCUCCGUACUCUUGUGGCUCAGGGAAUAAUUUCAUUCUCUCCUGACAUGGUAUCCUCAAUUAUGUCUCAAUCAAAUUAUUUGACAGUUCUUGAGCUGCAAGAUUCUGAGAUCACUGAGGUGCCAGCAUUUAUAGGAAAUCUCUUUAACCUACGGUAUAUUGGGUUAAGGCGCACCAAAGUCAAGUCACUCCCAGAGUCUAUUGAGAAGCUCCUCAACCUCCACACUCUGGAUAUCAAACAAACUCAAAUAGAGAAACUACCACGAGGGAUUGUUAAGGUCAAGAAGCUAAGGCACCUUUUAGCUGACAGGUUUGCUGAUGAGAAGCAGACGGAGUUCAGAUAUUUCAUCGGAGUGGAAGCACCUAAAGGUCUGUUGAACCUGGAAGAACUACAGACUCUUGAAACAGUGCAAGCGAGCAAAGACUUGCCUGAACAGCUGAAGAAACUGAUGCAACUCAGAAGCUUAUGGAUCGACAAUGUAAGCGGUGCAGAUUGUGAUAACCUUUUCGCGACUCUUUCAACCAUGCCACUUCUUUCCAGCCUCCUAAUCUCCGCAAGAGAUGUGAAUGAGACACUUUGCCUCCAAGCCCUUGCUCCGGAAUUUCCAAAGCUCCACAGGCUAAUUGUAAGGGGCCGCUGGGCUGCCGAGACACUGGAAUAUCCAAUAUUUUGCAACCAUGGGAAACAUCUAAAAUAUUUAGCGCUUAGCUGGUGUCAGCUUGGUGAAGAUCCAUUGGGGGUCCUUGCUCCGCACGUGCCGAACCUCACCUAUUUGAGCAUGAACAGGGUCAGUAGUGCAAGCACUUUGGUUCUUUCUGCAGGGUGCUUUCCUCACCUGAAAACACUCGUCCUGAAGAAAAUGCCUAACGUCGAGCAGCUGGAGAUUGGACAUGGUGCUCUUCCAUGCAUCCAAGGUCUGUACAUCAUGUCCCUAGCGCAGCUGGAUAAGGUCCCUCAAGGCAUCGAAUCGCUUCUCUCCCUCAAGAAGCUUUGGCUUCUGUACCUGCACGCGGAGUUUAGAACGCAGUGGCUAACGAACGGGAUGCACCAGAAGAUGCAGCAUGUUCCUGAGAUUCGUGUCUAGGACACAGGAAAGCCAGAUGGUUAUUUCUGCAGUACUAUGCUGGUAUAUAUGGUGUGUCUGUGAAAAAACUAUUUUUUGUACCUUUUCUUCCCUUAAGUCCUGAGUUGUUGUAUGUGGACUUCACUUGCAGACACAAACGCUCGCUUUGGGUAGCUCGUUAGACCCAUAUAUAUACGUGUUGUGUUGGUUCAGUUGCUUUAAGUUACUUGUUUGUUCGAGGCAUUUGCCUUCUGUAUUGAACUUCAUGCAAAUGAUGUUAUGAUCAAACUUGUAUGUCCAUGUAUUUUAAAUUUUUUUACA